CACGACGUCACAUUUGACCCAAUGGAUAAGAACGGUGAGUCCCACGUAAGAUGAGAUGCCCCCAAUUCUCCAUUAACAUAAAUAUUUUCCUUUCCUAUAUAUAUACACAACUUCCACUUCCACUUUAAUCGUGGUGUAUUUGAUUUGAUAUCCCUUCCCAAAGAGGCUUUAUCUAUUCUGAUUCUGCAAUUAUUUGAGUUUCAGUUAUUUAUAACCAAAGCAAAGGUUUGGUGUUAGACAUUUGUGAAUUUGGAAAUUAAGAGCUUAAAAUACAAUGGCUGCUGCUGCUGCUGUUGGUGGUGUUAUUGGUGGGUCAUGGAUGCAAUUGAGAGGCAGAGAAAGGAAGCAGAAAAGUGUUAAGAUUUGUUGCUCUUCUUUGACGGAUUCUUAUAAGACUUUAAGAAUCAAACCUGGUGUCUCUCGAAUUGAGGUUAAGAAGGCUUUCAGGCAGCUUGCUCUCCAGUAUCAUCCAGACGUUUGUAGAGGAAGCAAAUGUGGGGUCCAGUUUCACCAGAUCAACGAGGCUUAUGAUAUUGUGAUGGCCAAUUUGAGAGGAGAAUCCAAUGGGACAGAUAUGUAUGAGGCUAAUGAUGCAGGGAAAGAUGAACCUAUAUAUCCAGAUUGGGACUUGUGGGAAGAGUGGAUGGGAUGGGAAGGAGCAGGAAUUCGUGAUUACACAUCUCAUAUUAAUCCUUACAUUUGAAAUUUUUCUGUAAUUUAUUAUGUAUUUUCUGAGUCAUUACUAUGUAUUAUGAUGUUAGACCCACUUGUCGUCAUCAAAAGUGGUUGGUGUUCCGUGUACAUAAUCCAAGUGGGCGAAGAGUCAAUUUUCCUCUUGCAUAAUUGGAGUUGAGGAACUU